UCAAUCAGCUGAGGGAAAACAACAAAACUCAGAAGUAGGCAGCAAAGGAAGAAGUAACUAGAAUCUUGAAAGGAGAAAUAUGGAAUUUUUUCUUUGUCUAUGAAAGACACACUUUGACAAAGUGGACAGAAUGGACACUGAAGGUACUUGGGAGUCAAGCAAUGCAGUGUGCGAGUCUGACCCCUUGUGUGAUCCAGCCGUCUUAGUGUCACCCUCUAAACCCGAACCACAGAUCCGAAACCGUCGCCUCUCCCCCGGCUCUGGCAGCUGCGGUGGGGGAGGAGGGGGCUGUUCCUCUGGGAUGGAUAAACGUCAAGCCUCACCGAGUAGCCUGGAAGGUUCUCUGAAUGGGGUGGGUCACACCCACACCUUCACGUCGAGAGAGCGUCGUGUCCCAAAUAAAUCAAGAAGCUUUCGGCGUGAUGGCCCAAGACCGGGGCCACGUUCGGAUGAGAGACACUCCAGAACCGGUCAGAAAGAACGAUGGGUAGACAACAGCCUGUCUUUGCUCAAACCUCCACCUGCUUUCCCUGUGAAGGACAGUCCCGCCAAACUGCAGCCGGCCGUCAGCUAUGCCUCCAAGGUGAAGGCAGGGGGAGGUUCUGUUGGGGCGGCCGAAGAGCCCCCUGGUAUUGGGGUUUUGCUGCAGAACCAGUGGGGACUCAGCUUCAUCAACGACGGGCCGGAGGCAGAUGUUCCCCAGGAGAAAACUCCAGAUCUCCACCCAAUUGCAGGAGAGGUUACUGUAAAACCGGCCCGUGCCUCUUCGGAGUCUCUGCCUGGUCAGGUCACGAGAGGCUCAGAGAGUUCAGAGGAGCUGCUGCUUAGCUGUCGCCACCUGGAGGAAGCAUUGGAGUAUCACACACAAGAAUGGAAAGCAAUAUUAUGGAGACAAAAACAAGACCCUGCAAAGGUUGUUUGGUACAAGAAUGCCCUGGAGUCGCCUGCCUAGCACACACUAACACAUCUCCACAAACAGACACAUAUACACACACACAUGCGAAACACACACCCUGCACUCAGGUUCUCAUCCCCUCAACGUUUCUGCCGAGACACUUUAGGACUUGUUCCCCUAUGAAGAUAGAUGUCUUGGACUUCUCGGUUGCCUUACAACAGAGUCUGCCUCAGGCGCAGAGUCCCUCUGCAUACCUCUGUCAUUUUAAUGGUGGAGAAUUGUCUCUUUUAAGGAAAAAAAGCUGCAAUUUUAUUUCAGUGAACUGCAGUUCUACAGUUUAAAAAAAUCCCUUUUAUUCCUCCCUUGUUCCUACUUGUGUGCAAGUGGUUAAAUCAAGCACUUUCUGACCUGUAGUUGAACACGUCAUCCCUUUCUCUAAAGACGGAGCUCGUUUUUAGAACCAAAUCCAGAAUGUCUUCUUCAGUCUUCCCUCCUGUGAUAAUCCCUUUCUUGCCACACAAAUUGUUCUCAUGAAGUUUACAGAGGUGCCAUUGGCACGUUAUGGCAGCACCUUCAAAUGUCUAUUGGUCUUAAUGCUGUUUUUUAAUAUAUAUAUUUCACCCAGAUUGAAUGUCGGUCAUAAAUCCUAAUAGGAAUCCGUUGCUGUGUAUGACCUAAUUUUUUUUUUUUUUUUUUAAGAAACAUACAAAUAAUUUACACUGGAAGAUGUUCAGAGAUUUAAUCGAACAGUGUUGCAUAAUAAAAAUGAAUAAACUUGUUAAAAUAUUUCAAGGUCUUU